AUAUAUAAACCCAUAUCACCCACAACACAAACCUCCUCGUAUUCUCUCUGAAACACAAAAAACACAGUCCCAACCAAACACUGUGUUCUCCCUUUGUUUCUUUCUCUUACGUUCUGUUGUGUUCGGCGGAGCUUUAUGGGGGCAACUAUUCUCCCAGAUCUCGGGGCGGAGAUUCUGAUUCCGUUCUGCGCGGUGGUCGGAAUCGUGUUCUCGCUGCUCCAGUGGGUGUACGUGUCACGCGUCCAGCUCUCGCCGGCGAGGGACUCCAACUCUAACUCCGCCGCAAAAAAUGGUUACAACGAUUACCUGAUUGAGGAGGAAGAGGGUGUUAACGACACCAACGUUGUUCAGAAGUGCGCCGAAAUCCAGAACGCCAUCUCUGAAGGAGCAACAUCAUUCCUUUUCACGGAAUAUAAGUAUGUUGGUGCUUUUAUGGUGGCUUUUGCAGUCUUGAUAUUUGUUUUCCUUGGCUCCGUGGAGGGAUUUAGCACUAGUAGCCAUACAUGUGCUUAUGAUGAAACAAAGAUAUGCAAACCUGCUCUUGCAACUGCCAUAUUCAGUACCAUUUCCUUUUUGCUUGGUGCUAUAACUUCAGUGGUUUCUGGAUUCCUUGGUAUGAAGAUUGCCACGUAUGCAAAUGCCAGAACUACUUUGGAGGCAAGAAAAGGUGUUGGGAAGGCUUUUAUAGUAGCAUUUAGAUCAGGUGCUGUCAUGGGAUUUCUCCUUGCUGCAAAUGGUUUAUUAGUUUUAUACAUUGUGAUCCUCGUCUUCAAGAUGUACUAUGGUGAGGAUUGGGGUGGUCUUUUUGAGUCCAUAACUGGGUAUGGUCUUGGUGGAUCUUCCAUGGCUCUUUUUGGCAGAGUUGGUGGAGGCAUCUAUACCAAAGCUGCUGAUGUUGGUGCUGAUCUUGUUGGCAAAGUUGAAAGGAAUAUUCCUGAGGAUGACCCAAGGAACCCAGCUGUGAUUGCUGAUAAUGUUGGUGACAAUGUUGGGGAUAUUGCUGGAAUGGGAUCUGAUCUGUUUGGAUCCUAUGCUGAGUCAUCAUGUGCUGCUCUUGUUGUUGCUUCAAUUUCCUCGUUUGGGAUCAAUCAUGAAUUAACUGCAAUGUUAUAUCCUCUCAUUGUCAGUUCCAUUGGUAUCAUUGUUUGUCUGAUCACCACCCUUUUCGCAACUGAUUUCUUUGAGAUCAAGGCUGUAAAGGAAAUUGAGCCAGCAUUGAAGAAGCAACUCAUUAUUUCCACAGUACUGAUGACUGUUGGAGUUGCAAUUGUUACAUGGAUUUCUGUUCCUUCUUCCUUCACCAUCUUCAAUUUUGGAACACAGAAAGUUGUUAAGAACUGGCAGCUGUUCUUAUGUGUGUGUGUUGGGUUGUGGGCUGGGCUUAUCAUCGGAUUUGUGACAGAGUAUUAUACCAGUAAUGCAUACAGCCCUGUGCAAGAUGUUGCUGAUUCGUGCCGGACAGGAGCUGCUACUAAUAUCAUUUUUGGCCUGGCAUUGGGAUACAAAUCUGUCAUUAUUCCUAUUUUUGCCAUUGCUGUUAGUAUUUUUGUUAGUUUUAGCUUUGCCGCCAUGUAUGGCAUUGCUGUAGCCGCCCUUGGAAUGCUGAGCACCAUAGCAACUGGAUUGGCCAUUGAUGCAUAUGGUCCGAUCAGUGACAAUGCUGGUGGCAUUGCUGAGAUGGCAGGCAUGAGCCACAGAAUCAGAGAGAGAACUGAUGCUCUUGAUGCUGCAGGAAACACAACGGCUGCUAUUGGAAAGGGUUUUGCAAUUGGCUCCGCUGCUCUUGUGUCCCUUGCUCUCUUUGGUGCCUUUGUGAGCCGUGCUGGAAUUGCAACAGUUGAUGUGUUGACUCCAAAAGUGUUCAUUGGUUUGAUAGUGGGUGCGAUGCUUCCCUAUUGGUUCUCUGCCAUGACAAUGAAGAGUGUGGGAAGUGCUGCUCUAAAGAUGGUUGAAGAAGUACGCAGGCAAUUCAACACCAUCCCUGGCCUUAUGGAGGGUACUGCUAAACCUGACUAUGCUACUUGCGUCAAGAUCUCGACUGAUGCUUCCAUCAAGGAAAUGAUCCCUCCUGGUGCCCUUGUCAUGCUAACACCCCUCAUUGUCGGAAUCUUUUUUGGUGUGGAGACUCUCUCUGGUGUCCUUGCUGGAUCCCUCGUCUCUGGUGUACAGAUCGCCAUCUCUGCAUCCAACACCGGUGGCGCUUGGGACAAUGCCAAGAAGUAUAUUGAGGCCGGGGCUUCAGAACAUGCAAGGACUCUUGGUCCCAAGGGAUCAGAUCCACACAAGGCAGCUGUCAUUGGUGACACCGUCGGAGACCCUCUCAAGGACACAUCCGGCCCAUCUCUCAACAUCCUCAUCAAGCUGAUGGCUGUCGAGUCCCUAGUGUUUGCACCUUUCUUCGCCACACAUGGCGGUCUCCUUUUCAAGCUUUAAGUAAAAGAACAGAGACAUCAGACAAGUGAGAAGUCCAAGUUCCCCUCUCACCAUCAAUGCCUCUUUCACCCGAUUGUCCGUCGUCAUCAAGCUUCCCUCCAUUAGCCGAUGCUUUCACCCCCCUCUUAUUAUUAGUCUGUAGGGCAUGUUCUAGCUUUCCAUGUAGUUUCUAAGAUUAGAAUUGAUGGAAUUUUUUUUCCCUUUCUUAGAAAGGGGGUUGAUGAUGUAACGUCGAAUGAUGAUUGACAAUGACGAUGAUAAUGAUGAUAGAUCAAACCUACUCGAGAGCUGCAAUUUCCUUUUAA